AUGCCGCCUUCCAAGCCCCGCUCCCCUAAGAAGCCAAAGCGGCGGCUGUCUGGAAAGACGCCUGAAGAAGAAGCUGCGAAAAGUCCUGUAAAGCCAAAGAAGCAAACCUUGUCAGGUAAGAAGCUUCAGCAGCUGGCAAAGCAAAACAGAGCUGUUGCCAAGCAGAAGGAGAAAGCUUCUGCGGAACCAACUGUUUGCAAGACACCGCCCCCUCUCUUGAAGAAGCGAACCCUAGCAAGCAGCGAAACCAGCGGAAGCAAGCGGAGCGAGAAGGCUGCAAAGGUUUCUUUCAAGAAAGAAGAGGAGGUUUACCCUAUCCCCGUCACCCCCCCAAAGAAGGUCAGAAAGGAGCUGUUCAAGCAGGAAGCAAGCCCAAGGAUGACCAUAGAAAAGGCUGACGAGAUCAUCGAGCAGAUGGAUGAAGAGAAGGAGGACGAGGAGUCUUCCUCUGCCUCUGCGUCUGCUGAGCCAGUUAUGUCUGCUGAGGAGAGCAGCAGUGAGACAGCCUCUGGCACGAGCUCUGAGGACGAAGCGGAGGAAAAGCAAAGCGAGGCAGGAGAGGAGGGCGCAGAUAUGUCCUCAGCUGCUUCUGAGGCUGAGGCUGAUGAAGAAGCAAAUGAUGAAAAGGACGAGGAAGAAGAUGAGGAUUCAGCAGGCGAGGAAGAAGCGGAGGGUAGCUGCAAGGAGCAGCUAGGAGACGAGGACGAUGACGACAGUGAUGCUAGCAGCAGCGACGAUGAGGAGGAGCAGGAGGAGGAGCCGGUCCAGAUUGAGGCCACAAAGAAGGAUAAAAACAAGAAAGCAAGUGGCAAGAUGGUCAAGGAAAAGGAGGUAGUUCAGGAAGCCAAGAAGGAGGGUCGGGAGGUUCGCAAGGAGCGAAAAAGCAAGGAAAAGGAGCGCGGCGGAGAGAAGGAAGAGGAGCAGAAGGCACAGCAAGCAAAGCAAUCUGAAGCUCCCAAAGCACCAGAGAAGCCCCCAAUGAUUCCCAAAAGAAAGGUGCAAGAUGAGAAGGAAGCAGCUGCGAAGAAAAACAAACGCAAGAAGGAGGAAAACGAAGCGGAAGAUGAUGGAAACAAGAAGGAGGGAAAGAAUGAGAAGAAGACGGAAAAGGCGGCGGAUAAGGCAAGCAAGGAUGACAAGAAGGAUAGAAAGAAAGACAAGAAGAAUGCAAAGAAGGAGGAGAAGACAGGCCAGAAGAACAAGAAUGAGGAUGGGAAGACGUCAGAGAAGAAGCCUGCGACAGAGAAGGGCGAGGCGGAGGAGAAGAAGUUAGCCCAGGCCGAAGAGGGGUUGCCCAACAAGAAAGAAGUGAACAGCAACAGCCACCAUAAGCUCUACCAACGCUACGGUCGAUGGAUCAAAAACAAAAAGCGCUUCCCUGAAGCCCUAGCAGCAAGACUUCAAACAGAGGAUGGAAGGAUGAAGCUUUUCGCGGAUUAUGUUGAGGCUGGAGGUAAGACAGAGCAGGUUUUGCUCAAGCAUGAGCAACAGCUAAAGGAAGCCCAGGCCUCUAGGAUCAGGACCAUAGCUGACCCAGAGUCCCCAGAAGACUUGCUGUAUUUCAUGUUCAUAGAAAUCAACAUCGACGACGUGCGAGAACUUCAGAAGAUCACCAAGUUGGAGGGUGGUGUCUUGGAUCCGAGCAAGCAGCAGCUUGCGCUUGCUGCUGGCCCAUCGGCCGCAGGGAUGGCCAAGGCUUUGCAGAUGACAGGAGCUGUCGCCCCGACUAAAGCCAAGAAAGCUGGCACCAAAAAAGGGGGGGAGAGUGUCCCUGACAAGGCCAGGUAUGAGGGCAGGGUUUUGUGA